AUGCCAGAGCAUUGCCCGUCACCAACUGCGACGGCCGGCUCCGACAGCGCCGACGAAACCUCCGACAGUCUGCGAAUCCGCUCUCGCUCGCCGCAUCCGUAUCGCCGGCUGCCCUCCGAGUUGCUGGAACCCUCCGACCGUCUAGCAUCCCGGGCGAGUCGCGCUGCUGCCGAUGGCGGCCCCCCACGAAGCUCCCCGCCCCAUUCGCUUCCCUCCUUCGCAAGGGAGUCUCCGCCUGUCAGCGAAAGCGGCACCGAUGCGGACGACGAGCACUUCCUCAGGGGUCUUCCCGCGCCGAAGCGCCGACUGCACAAGGGACUGAGGGGCAGGAGGGAGCAGCUGUCGGGAAGCUCGACGCCGGCGCUUUCGCCAGCCCUUCUGGAAGAGGAGGGUCGGAGACCGCAUUGGCGUCCCAGCCAUGGCGAACACGGGCUCGACUGGAGGGGCACAGCCGAGCGGGCGCGCCGCCGCAGGGAGCUUGUUCGGAGGGCAGUUGAAGCAAUUCUCCUCGGGUGCCAAGCGAGAAUGGUGGCCUCGAACGCCGACGUGCAGCCUUCCCUGCGGACCUAUCGCAAAGAGCUGUUCGCGGCGGGCGGGCUCUUCUUCUGUCUGGCUGCAGCGUACCCCCUGAGACUCAUCGCUUGGGCUUAUCGACAGGGGAAGCCUUCGCGGCUCAUACCGAUCCGCAUCCCUGCCACAUUCGACCCGGCACCACUCCUCUACCCCCCACUGCUUCCGGUUCUCGUGUCUCUUCUGUGUGCCCAGGGUGUCAAAGGCGCAGUGUUGCCAAGCCUCGUACUCAGCAUUUGCACCUGUCCGAGACAACUAGUCCCUGGGGCACGAUACUGGGAGCCCCUUAGCUGCACGCACUGGCUCCUCUCUUGCCUACCUUUCACACUGGACUUGCUCACAUCCUCGACGCCAUCAUUCCGGCCAGAUGAAUUCUCCCGCGAAACCCUUACCUUGCUUUAUCCCUUGCAUCAGACGCUCUGUCUAAUUCUUCACCACUUCACAACCACCAGCCUGCUGGUUUCGGAGCUCCAGUUGCUCUCAGCAGGCCUCAUCAGCCUGCUCCUAUUAGCUAGCUCUCCCCAAGCUGUCAUCCUGAAGGCUCUGCUCUGGGGAGGCGGCCUCGGCCUCGUCGUCUCUUGCAGCCAGGUGAUCCAAUGGGGCAUCUCGCUGGCUCGCGUGCCAAAAUGGCGCUUCAGGCGUGCCGCCCCUCUGACCAGGGGCGAGUCCGGUCUCCGAGAUCUUCGCCACUUCUUGCCCUUCCAGCGCCCGCGCUCCGGCUCGAGGGCCAGUUACGGCAGUGCCGUUUCGGACUCGGAUUUCUCUGCUGACGACCAGUUCGAUGGCCCGGUCCCCGCAAAUGCCACGAAGGUCACGUAUGCGGACGCCGCCAGCGACGCCGAACUUGUCCCCGCGCUCCCCGCGAACUUGGGUGCUGUGCAGCCGAAUUUCGCGGAGCCGUGGCAACGAGUCCCGGCCCGGAGACACACCCUGCCUGCCAUCAGCAAGUCGGCCACGGGGGUCAAAUCCACCACCCCUUCCGGCCGCCGGAAACGCGCCAUGUCUUCGAGCAUGCGCGCCUUCGUCUCCCUCACCCAGGCCCAGGCCACCAUCCGCAAGUGGCUGUACGCCUGCCACGUCUACAUCUGCAUCCUCGCGGUCAUCCUCGUCGGCAUCCGAGCCUACGUCCAGCGCUACGCCCUCUCCGGCUACGAACCCAUCGGCUGGGCCCUCGGCUACCUCCUCGGCGACAUCCCGCAGUUCCGCCUGCAGGUUGUCAAAGCCGGCACGGAGCGCUGGAUCUGCCUCCCGCCCCGCGGCUCGCAGCCGCCCACCUGCCAUGCCGGCUGGGUGCAGCACGUGCGCCUCGCCUGGCUCGGCGCCGCCAACACGCGCCUGCUGCUGAGCGGCUACUGGGUCGCCGUGCUCGCCGCCGGCCUCGCCGUCGUCUUCCGCCUCUCCCGGGUCUGCGAGGUCGACACCCGCCGCAAGGUCUUCCACUUCACCAUGGUCGCCAUGCUGCUGCCCGCCGUCUACCUCGACCCCUGCUUCGCCGCCCUCGCCCUCGCCCUCGCCCUCGCCGUCUUCCUCCUCCUCGACCUCCUGCGCGCCUCCCAGCUGCCCCCGCUCUCCCGCCCCAUCGCCCGCUUCCUGGCCCCCUACGUCGACGGCCGCGACCUGCGCGGGCCCGUCGUCGUCUCCCACAUCUUCCUGCUCAUCGGCUGCGCCAUCCCGCUGUGGCUCAGCCUCGCGUCGCUGCCGCGGCGGCGCGCGGCGCCCGCCGGCGGCGCUGCUGCUGCUGGCCCGCUCGCCGGCUGGGAGGUCCCCACGCGCGAGGUCGGCAUGGUCUCGGGCGUGGUGUGCGUCGGGCUCGGCGACGCCGCCGCGUCGCUUGUCGGCCGCCGCUGGGGCGUCCGCAAGUGGCUGUGGGGCGGCGGCAAGAGCCUCGAGGGCAGCGCCGCGUUCGCCGCCGCCGUGUUUGCCGGCUUGAUGGUCGCUGCGCUGUGGUUGAGGCUCGGUGGUUGGGAGGCCGCGUCUGGGUACACUGGGACUGGGUCGGGGUGGGACAGUCUUGCGAGCGUGUUGGAUCUCACCCGGCUGUGGCCGUGGCUGAGCGCGCGCGCGCCCCGGGCGGCGGCGUGUGCGUCGCUCGCGUCGCUGACCGAGGCCGUGUUGACGGGCGGGAAUGAUAAUGUGAUCGUGCCGGUGGUGCUGUGGGGCUGUGUCAAGAGCUUGGGGGUAUAG